AUGUCCUUGAGAGAAGUAACUAACUAUGAAGUUUCCUUCCAUAUCCCAUUGUCCUAUAGCAACAGGGCGCAUAAGAUUUGUAAACUUCCAAAUGGAAUUUUGGCAUUAUUAAUAUCUGAUCCAACGGAUACUUCAAGCUCAUGCUCACUGUCAGUUUGCACUGGCUCCCACAAUGACCCAAUGGAUAUCCCAGGUUUGGCACACCUUUGUGAACACAUGAUUCUUUCUGCAGGUUCUAAAAAAUACCCUGAUCCUGGUUUAUUUCACGCACUAAUCGCCAAGAACAACGGCUCUCAAAAUGCCUAUACGACAGGAGAACAAACGACUUUUUAUUUUGAAUUGCCCAAUACUCAAAAUAAUGGUGAAUUUGCAUUUGAAUCCAUCUUAGAUGUGUUUGCGUCAUUUUUCAAAGAUCCACUCUUCAACCCUUUAUUAAUAAGUAAGGAAAUAUAUGCCAUACAAAGCGAGCAUGAGGGGAACAUAUCAUCAACAACAAAGAUAUUCUACCACGCAGCAAGAAUUUUGGCCAAUUCCGAUCAUCCUUUCAGUCGGUUUUCCACUGGCAACAUACAUUCACUAUCAAGCAUUCCACAAUUGAAGAAAAUAAACUUGAAAAGCUCACUAAACACUUACUUCAGAAGUAAUUUUUUUGGGGAAAAUAUAACAUUGUGCAUUAGGGGAUCACAAUCCGUUAAUAUACUUACAAAACUCGCCAUAUCAAAAUUUGGUGAUGUAAAGCCUAAAAGCAUCGUGAAAGAGAGGCAUUUUUCGAUUGGGAAAGGGCCAUUUCGAAAAUCAACGUCAUUAAGACGAAGUCUGAAUUCUCCUAAAAACGACUAUCGUAACUUAGAAGACUUCAAAAUACUAGACACCGUAUGGGAAAAAAAAUACCAAAAUACAAUGUGUUUUCAACAUGCUCCUGAAUGUAAUUCGAUUUUUAUCAACUCAAAUAAAAUGCCUGUGAUGAGAUUUCUAUUUCCGGUUAGUGAUAGGAACACCAGAUUUACAAAGGAUGACAUAAAAAUAUACAGUCAUCUAUGGUGUGAACUUUUUGGCGAUGAGUCUCCAGGAUCUUUGAGCCAUUACUUAGUGUCAAGAGGCUGGAUCACAAAAUGCUUUGCUUUUACCUCAGAAUUUGCUAUUGGUGACAUAGGAUUAAUCUUGGAAUUAGAACUAACAAACAGUGGAUGGAAAAGCAUCAAGAACAUUACAACAACGAUAUUUUCUGAACUUUUGCCUUCCUUCUACGUAAAAAACAUCGAUCAUUUGGUUACUUUUUUGAAAGAACAGAACUUGAUUGAUCUUGCUCGUUUUCUAUACCAAAGUUCUGAAAAUCUACCCAUGGAGGAGUGUUCAAAUUUAAGCAGUUUUCUUCAGGAAAAUCUUGAGUGUUUAACUCCCUCCAAUGUAUUCAAGGGAUUUAAAUCUCUUAUUGAAAUAGAUGAUCCUAAUAUCGAAAAAUAUGAAGAAACAAAGGCCAACGUGCGGUGGUGGACAGGCCAGGCAAUCAAAUUCCAAAAUUUUCUAAAGUCGCACAUGAAGCAUGACAACACGCGCCUUUUACUCUUGGGGGAUAUCAAAUCCCACAAGAUAUUUCACAUAAUCGAAAAUAAGAGUGAGAUACGCACUGAUUUUUUCUAUGAGUUUGAAUAUUAUACAGGAAGCGUUCAUUUAGCAGAAGAAAAUAAAUACUAUCCAAAAAGCUCAUAUGAAUUCAAUUUUCCGAAAAGUAAUCUCUUUUUACCUGAUUACAUCAGCGAUCCAUUAAAAUUGCGACAGCUUUUCUUGGAAUGCUCACUGAAAUCAAAAUUUGCCACUCUUAGACCACAAAUUUAUAGUGAGCCCACCAGGAGAGAGCCUCAAUUGGUCAGCGAAAAUCUAAAUUAUGAGAUGUGGAUUUUAAAAGAAGACCCAAAUUUUGCCUCGAACAAUAAAUCUGUUGUAUCGUUUGAAGUUUUAGGAUUAGGUAUCAAACCAAGUCCAGAGGCGACAAUUCACCUGGAAGUGCUAGCACAGGUAUUAUUUAUCAUCACCUCAUCACAUCUUUAUCCAGCUCUAAGAAUUGGUUAUACAUACGAGAUUGCUUCCUCAAGCAAAGGCAGUGUGACGCUUCGCUUUACCAUUUCUGGUUUUCCUGAGGGUGUCUUUAAAAUAGUAAAGACAUUCGUAGAUACGUUAAAACUAAUUGCUACAGAUCCCACGUUUCUUUCGAAAGACACCUUGAGAAAGGCAAGAAUAUUUGUCAGAAGUAAAUAUGAGAGCGCAUCAUCAGAUAAUUGCGUGAAACUAGCUAGUAUUGGGUUACUGAUUGUUUUAGAGGAAUUUAUAUGGACUUUACAGGAUAGAAUUAAUGCUUUAGAACUUACGGAAAUGGAGUCUUUCAAAGAAUUUUGUUCCCUAUUUUGGAAGAAUCCUAAGCAGUUAGUCUUGCUCGUGCAAGGAAGCCUCGACUAUGCAGACGAAAUCAACCAUUACUUAAACAGAAAUUUUACACAGCACCUGAAAGUCUGUAAUGAAGGUUCCAAAUCAACCAUACAUCUUUACCCUUCGCCGAGUACUAAAAAUCUAGAUGAAGGCACAAAUGCCUUCAUCUCUUACAAUGGCCAUCAAGACGACCCUAACAAUAGUAUCGUGUACUUCAUUCAAACUGCACAAAGGGACGAUAUAGAAAACCUAGCACUAACGUUCCUUACAGAGUAUCUAUUUUCGCUAACAUUAGUACCUGAUUUAAGGAAUAGAAAACAAAUUGGGUACAUUGUUUUGGGAGGCCUUAGGGUCUUGACAGACACUGUUGGGAUUCAUGUAACUGUGAUGUCUGGGAGCUCAGCACACAAUCUUGAAACCAAGAUCAAUGAGUAUUUAUCUUACCUGGAACUACAAGUACUAGAUAAUCUCACUGAAAUUGAUUUCCGAAAAAUGCUAUUGGAGCCAUUUUUAACGCUGUUAAAGCAAAACAGUAUCACCAAAUUCGAAGAAUCAGCUGGUCCUGUAGACCUAUUGAAUGAGAUAGUGGCAAAUGUACAGAACGGAGACAAUUACACUCUCAACAACAGGCAAAUGAAACAACAUAGGAAAGUAAGAAAUAAAAUCACCGAAAAGAGACUUAAUUUCCAAGAAGAAUAUGAAAUGGUUAACAUCCCCUUUCUGCAAAAGUUAACUCUAAAGAAGUACUUGAGGUUUUUUCAAGCAAAAAUCUCUAUAUAUUCCACACAAAGAAGUAAAAUUUCAAUAAUGAUUGCAAGCCCAAUGGCUGAAGAAAAGAUUGCAAGUAGAAGGAUAUUUCUCCAACUAGAAGCUUUCCUGAAAAUUAAAGGAUUUGCAAUAAAAAAUGAAGAUUUGAAAAAAAUUGUUGAACAUUCAGAGGGUAGUCCUAUGUUACUGGUAAAGAAUCUUUUCACUCAUUUUCGCAAGAGGAAUGAAGCUUUCAAGCUUGGUACUGUUGUAUUACAGGAAAUACUUAAAAUCAUCGGAAUGAAUUUCAAGCAGGGAUACGGCUCUGUAUUAGGUUUUUCUUCGCAUAAUAGUGAAGGACAAGACGUAAAAAAUUUUUGGAAGAACGAUAUAGAGCCGGUAAUUCCUCUUCAAGAGCUUCCUGACCCGAACUUUUUUCGCAAGUACGUCUUCUAA